AUGUCUAUCCUUUAUCCAAAGCAAGUCAGAAAGCGUCGAAGCGUUUUCGGCCUCUGGAUUCCGACCAAAAUUGUCACAGUAACCAACAAAUGCGAUCCCUCUCCACCUGAUUCUGCGAUCUCCGACAGUCCUGCAUCCGAACCGAUCAUCAACCACAGAGUAAGGAAAGACCGAUUCAAGGUUCGCUUAACUCGUAGCGGCUCGAAGCUGCUUCUGUUCCUUGGUCUCGGGAGUUCUUCCAACAUUGAUCAGGUGAACCCUAUAUAUAUGGCGGACGACAUUCAGCGGAGCGAACCACUUGUCACAGUUCCUUCGGUUACUGUCGAGACCCAGAGCUGCAAAGCACAAAUCAAUCUGCAGGAAGAAAACGGGAAUAUUGGACCGAAAGAAAUUGACCAGCCCGUUGAAGAGGACAAUCCCCGGCCUUUCCAGAAAGAUGAUGCACAAGAUGCGUGUGUCGCCGUUAGCCUUGACCCACAGACAUUUGGCCCAACGCUUGUCAACCGUCUCUCGCAACGAAUUUCCAUGACCUUUGGUAAUCCAACCGUGAUUCGUCGGGCUCACUUGCGCUCUAGGCCAAGUAUCUAUUUCGCUGAUCCUCCAACUGAAACUAGACAGGGGGAUGGGAUUAAUGAUAGCUCUGAGCCUUCUAGCCCGAGUAGUCAUGGAUCUCCGCAAGAGCGCUCCACUCAAGCAACACCAGUCACUUCAAUUGAAUCCAACAAUUCAGGAGACAAAGACAAAGAUUCAACGGCAGCAUGCCAGGUUGAAUCGGAGCACAUAUCGGAGACACCUGUAUCUCCAAGCACAGCCAGCAGUAAUUCCCCUAUGAUUACACCGUCUAUCGUAACUGUCGAAGCAGCAGCUGUGGCUAAGGUAUACCUUGAGCUAUACUUCGAUUCGAUUUUCCAGAGUGUUAAUCCUCGAGUUCAGCGUCAGCAUGAACUUGAGCAACACAUCUAUGCCUUUCAACUCGCCCCCGCGGAGCAGGCGGCAGUCAGAUCCAAUUGGGUAUUGCAAGAAAAUGAACAUUUGCGCCACUGUCGGGCCUUGAAGACUAGCAUGCGAUCUCGAAAGCCGAAAAAUGCAGUUUCAAACGCCGGAUACGAGGUCAUCAAGAUUCUAGGCAAGGGAAGCUUUGGCGUAGUGCGUUUGGUCCGUGAAAAGGACACUGAGAAGAGACCCUCUCAAGAAGAGCUCGCUUCAACUCAUGAGGGGAGCUUCACGAGUGCGAAGUUCGCCACGUUUGGCAUGCUACGCUCGGCCGUUGAUGGAACCAAGAGCAACAGACGAAGAUUCAUGACUGCGGAAAAAAAAGAGGUCUACGCCAUGAAAGUCAUCAAGAAGUCAGACAUGAUUCGCAACUCACAGGAAGGACACAUAAGAGCCGAAAGAGAUUUUCUGGUCGCUUCCGAAAGCUCUCGCUGGGUUGUGCCAUUGAUCACCAGUUUCCAAGAUGAUAAAUUCCUAUAUCUUGUCAUGGAUUAUAUGGUUGGCGGCGACUUUCUCGGGCUCCUGAUCCGAAAGGAUAUUCUUCGAGAAGACUGGACGCGCUUCUAUAUUGCCGAAAUGAUUUUGUGUAUCGAGGAGGCUCAUAGGCUUCAUUGGAUACAUCGUGACGUGAAGCCGGACAAUUUCCUUAUAUCCGCGUCGGGCCACCUGAAGAUUUCAGACUUCGGCUUAGCUUUCAAUGGCCACUGGUCUCAUGACCAGAUAUACUACAACACGCACCGGAACACUCUCCUGGAAAGGCUAGGGAUCAAUGUCCAGGGAGAUGUGGAGGACCAGAAAGCUGCAGGUGAAGCAGAUCCUGAAGGUGCCACAGCCUUCAAUGUUGGGUCAAACGGACUCCUUGACUACUCGAGAGCUCAAGUUCCAUCGACAGAUCUUUUGGAUUGGCGCAACAACAAAGAGCGACGGCGCUUUGCCAAGAGUGUCGUUGGCACUAGCCAGUAUAUGGCGCCCGAAGUCAUUCGCGGCGAGAUGUAUGAUGGACGCUGCGACUGGUGGAGCUUGGGUAUUAUUCUGUACGAGCAACAUUCACGGACUCUUCAAUUCCCCCGAGAAAAGCCAUCAGACAAGCUGGUAUCCAAGGAGGCUAUUGACCUUAUCCACCGAAUUCUUCAAGAGCGUGAGAUCCGGCUUUCUUGUGAUAAGUACCAGGCUAACGAUGUCUUGAUCGGACGCCCGGUCUCUGCACACUUUCUAUACUCCAUGGACCCACGAUACAGGCACAUCACAAGCUACUUCGUAUAUCCAAAUGAUGCCGUUGACAUCAAAGCCCAUCCCUUCUUCAGAGGCAUCCGAUGGAAUGAGCUGCACCUUAGUUCACCGCCUCUGGUACCACGAGUCCGAAACUGGGAAGACACUCGUUAUUUCGAUGACUGGAAGUCCACUGGCCGCUGGGACGAGGUGUCCGCUGGAAGUGAAUCAGAUAAUGCGGAGGAAGAGGCCGGCGAUGAUGCCGGUAGCCCGAAUAUUACGCCUGAAUCACCCGAAGCAUACGCAGACGCCGAUCAAAUCAGCCCGUUGGAACCCGUGGCCCCCAAAGCUGAUGCACAGAAAGCACAAGAUGCAGAGAAGAAGGAUCAAAAGCGCGCCCGUGAUAAAAUACUCCGUGACAAGAAGGUUGGCCGUGCUGCACUUGAGAUCCGGAAGCAUGGUGCCUUUCUAGGUUACACUUAUCGCCGUCCGAAGGGGCCUGCUCUGGCACUUGGCACAGAGCGAGGACGACAGCCUUUUGGCCGGGGUCAUUUGAUCGACAUGUAUUCGCCCUAA